UGUCGUCAUUGAUGAAAAAAUCCAUCAAUCGCGCCAAAUAAUGAAAUAAAGCGAGAAAGCGAUUCAAAUUCAAUCAUUUCGAGACAAAUUAUUUCCACUGACUGACAAGUAACAUCUGAAAAAAGAAGACUAAAAGAGAGGAAGAAAUUAUUUUUUUGUAAUUCAAUUAUUAUUUGUGAUUUUCUUAGCUUUGAGUUAUGAAUCGAAUCGUGUCUCGUUCGCGCACUUUCAAUCACACUCGGUCACUGUAUAACUGGGUCAGUGCCAACAGAUACAACCAGACUUUACCAAGUACUGCACAUGUUGUUGCAGGUAUUCAUAAAACAAACACUAAAUUUUGUUAUCAGAAUUCGGUGCCUGUGUUAUCUCAACCUUUACAGUCUACACAUCGACAUUACUCAGUCGCUACACCAGCAAGGAAAGUUACGGUCAUCAUGGACACCGAACAAUUUGCUUCACGGAUUCUCAAUGGAAAAGAAAUAGCGGAAGAAAUCCGUAGGGAAUUGAAGGAGGAUGUUGCACGUGUGAGGGAGACCCAACCGAACUUUCAACCAGGACUUGCCAUUAUACAGGUUGGCAAUCGUGAAGAUUCAAAUAUUUACAUCAGGAACAAGUGCAAAGCAGCUGAAAAUAUUGGGAUGAUGACUCAUCAUGUGAAGAUGGACAGGUCAACGUCCCUUCCACAGGUGAUAAAUCAGAUUGAACUACUCAACAACGAUCCACGUAUCCAUGGAAUAAUUGUGCAGCUACCACCAGACUCAGACCAGCCGCUGGACGAAGGCAAAAUUACAAACGCCAUCAAAGCAAACAAAGAUGUUGAUGGAUUAUGUCAAUUCAAUGUGUCAAAGUUAGCAAGAGGUGAACUGGAUAAAUGUUUUAUACCGUGUACACCAAGAGGUUGUCUGGAGCUAAUCAAGCGAACAGGUAUUGAGGUUCAGGGAAAGAAGGCAGUUGUGCUUGGACGGAGCAAGAUUGUUGGUGCGCCCAUGCAUGACCUGUUGCUAUGGAAUCAUGCCACUGUCACCAUGUGUCAUUCAAAGACCAAAGAUCUUCCUAACAUUGUAUCUGAAGCGGAUAUUGUUGUGGUUGCGGUACGCCAGCCCCAACUGGUCAAGAAAGAAUGGGUGAAGCAGGGUGCUGUCGUCAUUGACUGUGGAAUUAAUCCCAUUGAAGAUUCAAGUCGCAAAAAUGGCCGCCGCUUGGUUGGUGAUGUUGACUUUGAUGGAGUGAAGGAGGUGGCCUCUUACAUAACUCCUGUACCUGGAGGAGUUGGCCCCAUGACCAUAGCCAUGCUUCUCCAGAAUACAGUUGAGAGUGCAAAAAGAUCCAUCAAAUCUGGAAUGCCCCAAGGUGCAUGGGCGAUGCGAUACCUGCCACUCGAAUUGAAAGAGAACGUACCGACUGACAUUGAGAUAUCUAGAUCACAGACACCAAAACAUGUAUCAGAACUUGCCCAGGAACUGAACCUGCUUCCAGAGGAGGUUGACUACUAUGGCAAACAGAAGGCAAAGAUCUCACUGUCGAUCCUUGAUAGACUUGCAGACUCGCCAAAUGGCAAAUAUGUUGUAGUUGCAGGGAUAACUCCAACACCACUCGGUGAAGGCAAGAGUACAACAACUAUUGGUCUCACUCAAGCCUUGGGUGCUCAUCUUAAGAAGAAUGUUUUCGCUUGUGUCCGCCAGCCUUCCCAGGGUCCAACAUUCGGCAUCAAAGGUGGAGCUGCGGGUGGUGGUUACUCCCAGGUUAUACCAAUGGAAGAGUUCAAUCUUCAUUUGACUGGAGACAUCCAUGCCAUCACUGCUGCAAACAACCUCUUGGCAGCUGCCAUUGAUGCCAGGAUCUUUCACGAAUCUACCCAAUCAGACAAGGCCUUAUUUAAUCGUUUAGUACCAGAAAAGAAGGGCAUACGAGAAUUCUCAGCCAUACAGUUGGGUCGACUUAAGCGACUUGGCAUCGAUAAAACCAACUCAAAUGAGUUGACAGAGGAAGAAGCGGCAAAGUUUGCCAGACUUGAUAUUGACCCCGAGACUAUCACAUGGCAACGUGUGAUUGACACAAAUGAUCGCUACUUGAGAAAGAUCACGAUCGGCCAGUCCGCAACCGAGAAAGGAAUUACACGCGAGGCACAGUUUGACAUCGCCGUUGCCAGUGAAAUUAUGGCUAUUCUUGCUUUAACAACCGACCUGAAAGAUAUGCGCGAACGUCUUGGCAGGAUCGUCGUUGCUAGUAACAAGAAAGGUCAACCUGUUACCGCUGACGACCUUGGUAUCGGUGGCGCACUCACAGUUUUGAUGAAGGACGCAAUCAAGCCGAAUCUAAUGCAGAACCUUGAGGGUACUCCAGUUUUUGUGCAUGCUGGACCCUUUGCAAAUAUCGCCCAUGGUAACUCAUCCAUCCUUGCAGACAAGAUUGCUUUGAAGUUAGUUGGUGAAAAUGGUUUUGUUGUUACUGAGGCUGGUUUUGGAGCUGAUAUUGGAAUGGAAAAGUUUUUUAACAUAAAGUGUCGUUAUUCUGGACUUAUACCAAAUGCUGUAGUACUAGUUGCUACAGUCAGAGCUCUGAAAAUGCAUGGGGGAGGACCAGCAGUUGUUGCUGGGAAACCAUUGCAAAAAGAAUACUGCGAGGAGCAUUUGGAACUGGUUGAGAGUGGUUUCUGUAAUCUUAGAAAGCAGAUUGAAAAUGCUAGUUUCUUCGGAGUACCAACUGUUGUGGCAAUCAACAAAUUUAUUACUGACACUCAACCGGAGCUAGAGUUGAUCCAGAAGCUUUCUCGGGAGGCUGGGGCAUUCGAUGCUGUUAUCUGCAGCCACUGGGCUCAUGGUGGCAAGGGAGCUGUUGACUUGGCUGCUAGUCUCGACAAGGCCUGCGAGCAGCCUAGCAAUUUUGAAUUCCUGUAUGAUGUGAAGCUCCCUAUUGAAGAAAAAAUAGCUACAAUUGCUCGCAAAAUUUACGGCGCUGAUGGAAUUGAGUUGUCCGAAGAAGCUAAGAAGAAGAUAGAAACAUAUAAAGCCCAGGGAUUUAAUGAUCUGCCCAUUUGUAUGGCAAAGACGCAUCUGUCGCUCUCUAGCGAUCCCGCGAAGAAGGGAACGCCGACGGGAUUCACUCUACCAAUAAGAGAUGUCAGAGCAAGUGUCGGUGCCGGGUUUUUAUAUCCACUUGUAGGAACGAUGAGUACAAUGCCAGGAUUACCCACAAGGCCAUGCUUUUAUGAUAUAGACAUUGAUCCAGAUACAGAGACCAUCUUUGGAUUAUUCUAACUUAUGAAUUUUACAAGGAAAUUGCAUUUAUAGAACCCUGUUAUGAUACUUGCAUACAUCCAGAUACAGGGACCAAGAAUUGAUUGUUAUUGUUAUAAUUUAUGUUGUUACAGGAAAAUUGCAUGGACCAUAUUUUUGUUAUCUGCAUACAUCCAGGUAAAGGGACCAAUAUUUUACGUUGUUUUAAUAAGUGAAUAUUACAAGAAGUCUACAACUUGCAUACAUCCUGAUACUGUACAGUGUUAUAGAUUGUUCUAAUAUGUGGUGGUUGUAAGCAUGUCAAACUUAAAUACUUUCGGCUUAAGAAACCACAGUCAUUGUUUUAUUUGUAAUGGUUUCAAGACAUCUCCAUGCGCAAUGGACAAUACGAUACAUAUCAUUCAGAUACAGGAAUAAUUGUUAAUGGUUACC